AUGGUGUCCCUUUGGCCGUUCAAGGGAGAAGACAACUCCCCGGCCGGCUUCGAAAAAACCCUAUCCACUCUCUCCGCAAAAAUCACUCAGUCCACCACCCGUCUUGAUCUACACCGCCAGCAUGCCCGCCGCUUCAAAGCCCUCUGGACCCUCUACACCACCUUCAUCUACCUCCUCUACUCGAUAAUCCUCGCGCUCGUUUUGGGAUGGGAAAACUGGGGUGUGAAGGAAUACGCCGCGAUCCUCGGGGGACCGGUGAUUAUCUACGUAGUCCGCGCCGGAGGCACAAUGUACUUCGAAUACCGGAUCAACAACACCCAGCGAUACCUCGACAGUCUCCAGAAGCAGCGCGACGAGACGAUCGAAAAGCUCAAGGUCGCGACGAAAUACAACUCCACCCAGCAGCUAUUAGAAAAGUACGCUGGUGACUCGCCGAAACCGGGACGCUCGAAAGGCGGCGACCAGAAAUCGAGGCCGGAGAAUAAACGCAAGCCUUCUGGACAACAGCAGCAGCGACCGCCGCAACCACAGGUCCAGCGAACGGGCAUCCCUCCUCCCCCCACCGCGAAUAUCCGCCGCCCAGCCCCGCCUCCACCAGAGCAGCCGCCAUCCCCAUACCCCCCACAGCAAAGCCAACAACCUCCUCGCAAUCCCCCGCCGUCCGGAUUAAACGAGCCCGGCUUCGCCCCUAAUGCCUUCCCCACGCAGCAGUACAUUGAACAUUCCCGCUGGUACGACCGCCUCCUCGACGUCCUUCUCGGCGAAGACGAAACACAGCCGAAGAACCGUAUCGUCUUGAUCUGCGCCGCGUGCCGGCUCGUCAACGGCCAAGCACCACCAGGCAUGAAGUCCCUCGAAGAACUCGGCCGCUGGAGAUGCGGCGGCUGCGGCGCAUGGAACGGCGAAGAAAGCGCAGCUCGAAAAGUCCUAGCAGAUAUCAAAGCCGAGUCCGGGCCCGCGUCGGAGCCGUCAGAUGACGAGCCCGACAUUGAGCACCGCCUUUCCGCGUCCACAAGUGACGGCGCUUCUGACGGCGUGAUCGUUACAAAGGAGGAGGAUGACCAGGGCCAAGGACGGGACGUGGAAGUCGAAUCGCGGAGUAGUUCGGGAUCCGCAGCAGAGACACCCGCGGAGGAUGAUAAGCCGGCGGCGACGGUCAGGACAAGAUCGCAGCGUGCAACGCAGCGGCGCGGGCGGAAGGGGUAG